GCACUCCCAGUUCGAGCCAAACGGCGCCAAAGACAUUUUACGUACAUGUACAUGGGACUAGGACUUCACUCGAGAAAUGUUUGUUUAACGUUGCGUUUCACAAAACAUAAACAAUGUGUACGUGAUAUAGAAUUCAGUCAAUCGCAACACCUCUCAAAGAUUAACGUAUUCAGUAAAAUCGGAUGCAAUAUGUUGGACAGAGAUUUGGAAAAAGAAAUUUCCAGACUACAGCGAUAUAAAAAGAAAGCAGAGCAGAAAAAUGAUUUGAAAGAAGUUGCACACAUCCUCAAUCAGCUGGGAGAAUUGCUUUCGCAAAAUGGAAACUAUACAGAAGCAAUAGAAGAACAUGAACGAGAGAGAAUCAUAUCAGAGGGUCUUGGUGACAAGAUUGGAGAAGCUGUAGCAUGUCGCAAGAUUGGAGAAUGUCAUUGUGCACUAGCACAGUAUGACAAGGCUUUGGAAUUUCAGCACCAACAUUUGGUACUUGCACAAGAAUGCAGAGACCAGGUUGAGGUGCAACGAGCUCUGGCUACAAUAGGACGAACCCAUUUAUGCCAAGCUGAAACUCAAACUCUGAAGUUGGCAAAGUUGUCACUGGACAAGGCAGAACAUUCAUUUAUUAAAGCACUGGAGACCUGUGAAAUGCUGAAAAGCAGCUCAAAAUUAACACAAUCUGAGUACAUGUCUAUGAAGGGACGUCUUUUUCUCAAUCUAGGUCUUGUGCAUGAUGCAAGAGGAGCUGAGAAAGAAGCUGCAGAGUAUCUAAAACGAGCACUUGCAAUUGCUGAGAAAUAUUGCCUUGAAGAGGAGCAGUAUCUGUGUCAUAUCAACAUGGCAGUCAUGUACCAACGCAGUAACAACCCCAGCAUGGCUUUACGCUCUCUUACAGUAGCACUAGCUACAGCCACCAAACUGAACUUGAAGCACAAUCAAGGAGAGGUCUACCUUCAGAUGGCAGUGGUCAAUGUCACAGUAGGCAACUAUGGCUUUGCUAAACACUGCUUGAAGAAAGCACACAAGAUUUUAUCCACUUCAGAAGACACAGCAAGAAUUACCAAGUUAUUUAAAGCAGUGACAUUAAUGGAAAGUGCCAUGCAAGGAGCAAAAUCUGGUUGUGGCACCUUAAACAUGUUUCAUGCCUUUGAGCAACUUGGUGAUGCUUUGUCUGCUAUGGACAACUUUACAGAGGCAAUAAGAUACUAUCAGAAAAUGCUUUCAUGUGGAGAACAUUUAAAACUACCUGCACACCAGCUUGUCCCAGCAUAUGUCUCACUGGCUCAGACCUUUGCAGACAAUAAACAGCCAGAUUUUGCUAUUGCUUGCUAUCAGAAAGAAUUACAGCUUCGAGAAAAAGAUAAUGAACAGGCUUGUCUUACAUGGCUCAAUAUAGCUGAUCAAGAAGAAAUAAGAGGUGAUGGCUAUCCUGAACUCCACAAAUCCUAUAACUCUGCUUUCUCUUGUGCUUUAAAAGCAAGAAAGCCCCAUCUUCAGGCAAAAGUUCUUCGCAUGCUAGCAGCUGUACAGAAGUCCUUUGGUCAGGACAGUGAUCUGCAGGAAACCACUUUGAAACUACAGCAGCUGCAGGCAGACUACAGACUAAAACUGGAGGAUGAGCUAACAGAUGAAGAAACAGAUAAAGAAAGUAUAGAUGAGACUGAUGGGGAUGGACAUAACAGCCUUUCUGAUUUAACAAGUUCAGAAUCAUCUGAAGAAGAAGAAGACAUUCUCUCACCCGUUGCUUCAGGAACAGCUAGUGCAAGAAGAACAAGUAGAAUAGACAAGGUCAAUGACAAAGGUGAGACACCACUUCAUAUUGCAUGUAUCAAGGGUAACCUGAAGAGAGUUCGCACACUAUUGAGUGAGAGACACCCAGUAAAUGUGCGAGAUAACUGUGGGUGGACACCCCUUCAUGAGGCAGCCAACAACAACCACUAUGCAAUUGUUGAAGCUCUUCUGGAAGCAGGUGCUGACAUCAAUGACCGUGGAGGUAUCCACUGCAAUGGCAUCACUCCCCUUAUUGAUGCUGCUUCAUGUGGCAACUUGGAGAUCAUCCAGCUUUUAGUAGACAUGGGCGCCAAUGUCCUAGCAGAAGACUCAAAUGGUGCUGUUGCUAGUCAGGCCUUGCAAGAUUGGCAUGAACGUGUUGCGGAGACCUUGGACAAGGAUACCAUAACACAGUAUCAUGCCACACUUAGACUUCUCCAGGAUCGUGAAAAAAGUAUACACACAGUGAUGAAAAGUAAAGCUACGACAUCCAGCCAGAGAAACAAACCAUCUGAUGCUCAAUCAUCUACUUCUCACAAUGAAAACAGGACUAGUCUCAGGCAGCAUCGCCAGACCAGCAUUAGCAAGAAGGCUUCAGAAAUAAAUGCUGUCUUGACUGAAAGAAGUUUGAGGAAAGAGAGAUGGUCUGAUGUCCACAAAAACCUUUUUCAGACAGAAGCUGUCUCUAACGAAGAAGAUGCCAUUCAUUUGUAUCGCAGUGCAAUUUCCAGUGUUGGUAACUCCACACAAGCACUUGUUCUUGCUACCGCCAGAUGCCACAAAGCACAGAUGUCACCCCAGAGUACGCAGGCUCUGAUCAGGGAAGAUGAACUAGUGGGUGAUGAUUGGCUUAUUGAUGAUCUGCAGACUGCAAGACACAAGCGAGGCAGAAUGAGAGAUAAACUGUCUGCUAGCUGUUCCUACUUUCAUAAGGGCAAGCGAGCUCGACUGAGUCUUACAGGAAGAUCUAGUAGAACAAACAAAAGAAACAUUUUAAGUGUAGAAAACAGUAUAACGAAUGAUUAUAAGGAUGAUGAUCGGACAAUCAGCAGCCCCUUGGGUACAGCUAAUGAAUCUGAGGAAGAGAGCAUAGAGCAGGUGCCUUCAUUAUUACCUUUAUCCUCAUCUGGAGAGCAGAGCACUGAAGCAAGCAGUUUCAAGUCAUUUUCCUGUUUAGCUCCUUUAGAAGUUCAGGAGGAUGCUUUUGAAAAUGUUCUUGAAAAUAAUUAUUUAAACACCAGUCAUUCAGGACAGUCACAGUCUACCCAUGCCCAAGACAGCAUCUUACGCAUCAAGGUCAAGAUAGAAGGCUCUAUCUUUCUCAUUCCUACAGCAGUGGCUGACCAAAGGACAUUUGGAUGGCUCAGUGAAGAGGCUAGCCAGCGAUAUAGCAGUUACUGUGGUCGGUGCCCACGUCUGACUUUUUCUAGCUCAGAUGGUGCUCUCUUGUCACCCAAUGACAUCAUUGCUAUGGUGCUAUCUGACAAUGAUCUCAUAGAAGGUGUGGUAAACAGCUGGGAUCAGUCCAGUCUCAGUGAACGAUACUUGCAAGCAUGCAGGUCUUGUCAUACAGUAGUCUACAGAAACAUCUUGGCAGAGCUGAAGCAAGCUGAAUCAUGCAACAUUUUGAGACUGGCAGACCUAGCACUUAGUCCACUUGUAUUACAGCCUGCAAUAAUGGCUCUUCAGGCACAAACAAGUCUCAAGGAGUUGCAUCUACCAGGCAAUGAUAUAGGUGACACUGGUCUGGAAUGGCUCGUCCAAGUCUUGCCAGACUUACCAAACCUUCAUACUUUAAAUCUGGAAGAUAAUGGCAUUACUGCCCAAGGUUUUGCUUACUUGGUCAACUUGACAGUUGUUUGCACUUCAAAAUCAUCUCUUAUUUCUCUGCAUUCAAGGCCGUUGCUACCAGGCAGCUCUAAUGUUAGAUCACCCCAUGACAUAAAAAGACCUCUGCAGGGACUGAGGACACUUAAGAUGAGUCACAAUAGCCUAGGAAAUGAGAUAGCUGACAGUCUGUGCACAAUCUUGGACAAACUGGUCUCAUUAGAACAUUUAUGCCUGAAUAGCUGCAGGCUGACAUCCAAACUUCUUUUUGCCUCCAACCAGAACUUGUGUGCUGUGCUGCAGCGGUGCAGUCUUCGUCAUCUGGAAAUUUCUCAUAACAGCCUUGAUAAAGCAGGCAUAGAGCUGCUUCUCUCUUGUCUGAAGCAAUGUCCUCUGGUCAGUCUUGACAUUGCCAACACUGUGUUAGACACUAACAGAGGGCAGUGUGCCUUCCAUCUGCAGGACUUUCAGGCUGUAAGUCAUACUCUGGAAAGGCUGUCCGUGGCAGGUUGUCAAUUGGAUACAGAAGAAGUUAUCAUCAUCCGCAGUCUCCCACAGCAUUGCCCUCAUCUGCGGUACUUGAAUGUGUCGUUCAAUGCAGCAGUGACAACAUCCUGCCUUCAAAAUCUUCUGUGGUGUUCCACACAGAGCCCUAGCAGCCGCCUGCAGCACGUGGAGGCUAUGUCAUGUGCACUAACCUCACCACUGGGUACUAUUUUCAUGAGUGCAAUUGCAGACAAACUUGCCAGUGACUGGCCUCUGCAUACAUUCAAAUUCUCCUGUCAACAUCUAGAGGAGAGAGAGCAGUCUGAAAUAAGCCAUCUAUGGACACAGCGAUGGUCUCAUGCAGCCAAAGUCCUCAUCAGACAAGGUUGUGUUCUUUUGACUGUUGAUGGCAUACUGCCAUCGUCAUUUCAAAUUUAACUAGAAGACACUUUUGCUGCAUUUGUAUCACCAGUGAUAGGACUGAAUUCAAAGUGAGUGAUUUACAGCCAAGAAAACAUUCAAGUUAUUUCUUAAAUUCUCCUAAUAAACUACUUUGAAGUUUGAACUUCAUUAUCAGUUUGAACAUUCAAGUUAUUUCUUAAAUUCUCCUAAUAAACUACUUUGAAGUUUGAACUUCAUUAUCAGUGAAUUAUAUUACCAUACCAGUCUUGUUUGAUUUGAAAAGAAAAUUUUUACAUUAAAAUUAUUUCAUCUGGUCCUGCCCAUGUUUGACACCAUUGGGUUUGUGUUUGGCCUUUUUUUCAACUGAAAAUCAAAACAUUUCUGACAUUUUGGUGGGUGCUUGUUUUAUUAACAAAGUCAAAAUGCUCAGGGUUAUUUCUAUGUCCAUUUGUAUAUAUAUUCAACAUCUCAAGAAAUUGAGACUAUAAGAUGUACAGUAGCUUACGCAUGAAUAACAUUAUUUAUUAAUCAGCACAACCAUAAUCCUAACUUAAUAAUUUUAAGAGCCUUUAAUAAAUAACUAGUUUAAAACAAACAUAAUUAGGUGACAUGUCUUUUUGAACAGUAUAUUUUAUGUACUGAUAUACAGACAGAUCUUUUUAAGUUAGUUGGUUUAUUCCUUGUUGCUCCUUUGAGAAACAACACCUCGUCAGCGGACCCGGUUUUUGGCAGUCCCCUUCAGUUGGGCCCAUGUGGUUCCGAUGUCCUUUGCCUCAUUUUCUACUGUUUCCAAGUCUGCUUUCGUCUCCCAUCUACUCUUUCCCCGAGGGUACCAGUCACGUUUUCUUGGCAAUGGUAUCAGCUGGUUUGCGCAGGGUGUGUCCUAUGCAACCCUAUUUGCGUUUUGUGAUGUUUUGGCUAGUGGCAUUCUGGCUGGUUCUUUUCCACAGGCUGCUGUUGGAGAUUUUUCAGGCCAUCUUAUUCCCAGAAUAUGGCGUAGGCAUCGGUUGGUAAAGGUCUGGAGCUUGUUGU